AGGAGGAGCAGCUGCUUCAAUCUGUCGCAACGUUUUCUUUGUUUCACAUGAAAAGUUCUGAUGAACAAACUCAGACCGAACCUCACCGAUCAAACCGGAUUAAACUGGGAUUGAACCGGAUUAAAGGGGGAUUAAACCGGACUAACGUUGCAGAGGAGGAGCAGCGGGACUCGAACCGGAGCAGCUUGAGUCUGGACCAGAAUCCGGAUCAUGGAUCAGUAGAACCGGACCUGGAGGACACGGAUCUGGUCUCCAUGGAGAUGAGAGGAUCGAUCGCAGUAUUGAUUGUGUAUUGAUUGUUUAUUGAUCAGCGCAAUGGCCGCGCUCCCGCUGCUGCUGCUCGCGCUCUGGACCUGCGGACACGCCAAGAGCGCGUUCCCGCUGCGACCUUCCUACAGCCUGUACACCGGCGGGCACGCGCACGGAGGCCGCGCAGCCAGCAGACACAGGAACUGGUGUUCGUUUGUGGUGACAAAGACGGUGAGUUGUGUCGUCGAGGACGGAGUUGAGACGUAUGUGAAGCCUGAUUAUCAUCCCUGCAGCUGGGGGAGCGGACAGUGCAGCCGAGUGGUGGUUUAUCGGACCUACAUGAGGCCGCGCUACAAGGUGGCCUACAAAAUGGUGACGCAGAUGGAGUGGAAGUGUUGUCAUGGUUACAGCGGAGAGGACUGCUCCGAAGGUCCAGCUGCUGGAGCAGGACCCCAGGUCUCCACCAACAGACCACAGCCCAGACCUGAACAUGGAGGAGGGACGAGCCCUGGAGGAGGAGGAGGAGGAGGAGGAGGAGGUUCUGGACCAGGACAGAGCGGAGGACACGGUGGAAAAGUUGAGAAUGAGAAGAUGAGGCAACUGGAGGAGAAGAUCCAGAGUCUGACCAGGAUCGUCCAGGACCUGCAGUCCACCCUGAACAAUCCGUCUGUCGGCGGAGGAGGAAGAGGAGGAGGAGGAGGAGGAGGAGGAGGAGGAGGCGGAGGCUCGUCAGGAGGAAGAAACCCUGCUGAUGCUGCUCAGCCAGAGAUUAAAGAGACGAUUCACAGCAUCCAGACCAAACUGGACCAACUGGACAAUCGAACACAGGCUCAUGAUAAAACUCUGGUCAGUAUCAACAACCACCUGGUGAACGGGAAAGGAAACGAUCUGGACGGAGGUUUGUCUGGAGGAGGAGUGAGCGGAGGGAAACUGAACUCGCUGAAGGAGGAGAUCCUGAAGGAACUAGAGACCAGGGUGUCGCUGUCCUGCUCCUCCUGUCAGGCCGGUGUGGAGGAUCUGCGCCGACAGCAGCUCGAGGACCGAGAGCGGAUUCGAGCUCUGGAGAAGCAGCUGAACGUCAUGGACGUUCGUUAUGGCCAGGGACUGGACGUGCUGCGGCGGGACGUGGUUCGUUUGCAAGGAUGCUGCAGCACCGUCAAUGACCUCCAAAACCGCAUCACCGAUGCUGAGCGUAAGAUCAGCUCGGCCUCAGAGAACUUCGACGUCCUACAGAACCGCCUGGAUAAGACGCUCGGGGGAGCAGGAGGCGGCAACAGUCAGAACACUGGGACCCAAGGAGGAGGGUUUGGUGGCAGCGGUGGAAUCGGUGGACGUGGAAGAGAUGUUGUGGUGACUGAGGACAUGUUGGACAAUCGCCUAAGAGACGUGGAGCGGCGGGUCAACAACACAGUGCAGCAGACCGAGCAGAGCUGUUCGUACCUGGAGAACGACUUGAAAGACUACGUCCAUAAAGAAGUGACGGACCUGAGGACGGUGUUCCUGGACCGGUUUGAUGACCAGGCCUUCAGGAUCGCAGAUGUGGAGCUGGACGUGGGGCUGGUGAAGAACCGGGUGAGCGACCAGGACAAGACACUGUUGAAGCUGGAAAACAACACCUCCCUCAUCAUCCGGAGGCUGGAGCAGUGCAGCUGUGGAGGAGGGGGAGAGGGAGGAGGCCAGGGAGGAGGAGGAGGAGAGGGAGGAAGCCAGGGAGGAGGAGGAGGAGGAGGGAACAGGGGAGGAACAGGAGGAAGGUUACCUGGGAUUGGAGGAGAAAACACCACAGAGAAAUCGUUGGCGUGGAGAGUCGUGGCCAACGAGGAUAAGAUUCAACAUUUCAACACUCGACUCAAAGACCUGUCGGUGUCGGGAGACUCUCUGUACGAUAAGGUAGAUUUAACCAC